CCACCGAGACGAGAAAGGCACUGCCGGAGCCGCAGGAGCUGGGCCAUGGAGCAGUACUUCUCAGCCACCCAGAAGAUGGAGCAGGAGGUCAUGUUUCCCAGCCUCCUCCGAGGGGUCUUCCCGGAGCCCCACGACGCUGCCCCCGCUGCCGACGACCAGAAGGACCUGUACGAGCGCUACCAGCUCCUCAAGUCCAUCAAGCCCGUGGUGGAGAGAGGCCUGGGGGCCGCCGCCGAGCACAGCCUGCCCAGCGCCAGCACGCACGAAGCCCCGGACGACGCAGCGGACGCCGAUCUGGAAGAGCGCCUCUCCCACCACCUCCACGGCUUGCAGCAGGUGCUCACCCACCUCACCAGAGACGCCAACGCCCUCACCCGGCGGUACAGCCAAAUCCUCGAGCAGAUCAACCUCAGCGAUGGGCAGCCCAGCUGGUGAACCUGACCCCGGCCUCCAAGUUCUGGAGAAAAUACGUGGCCAGAGAUGAAGACGUCCCAACCAAACGCUGUUCUUUAUUCCCACAAGGUGAUGCGUGGCCCACAAUUCAGCGGCAGCUUUUCUCCUGCACCAAGUCCCACCAAGGGAUGUCUUCAGCGACCAGCACAGAGUUUGGCCACCUGCCAGCCGUGCACUGCCUUUACCAUCGUGCUUGUCCUGCUGUUGAUGCUGCCACAAACCUUGCUGCUCCAUGUCACCUCAUUCCAGGUGUAUUUCUUUGCAGCAGGCAGAGCAGAAAUGAGUGUUUUGUGUUAUUGCUUCAUAGAAGGCAUUUGUAACGUCGAAACAAUGCUUUUUCUGUGUGCGCUAAUGCCCACUGGUCUCUUUGACACUGAUAAUGUAACUGCUUCUCAAGGCUGCUCUGAAACAAAAUGCAAAGCCUUGA